AUGGAGGCUCCGGUAGAAAAAGAAAAAGAGGAGCGCACGGCUCACAUCGACAUCAUCGACGACAGGCCGUCUCCCCAGGUCGACGCCGAGCCCAGCCCGUCUCUCAAGGACAGCAAGGGCUGGGAUGGCAAGCUUCGCAUUCCCAGGUCGGCGCUCAUGACCAACCCGGAGGCGCUGUCAGAUCCGGAAUACUCAGACGACAGCAAUGUCCUGCACGGCGAGGAGAUCCGAGCAGACGAGAAUUUGCUCGACAGCGAAGCCUCCGACACCGAGGAGAUCAUGGCCACGCACUCUCGCAUCGCGUCAAUACCUGCUCUAAAGCUGGAGCGCUUCAAGAACGUGGUCCGCAUCUGCCUCCGACAAAAUGUCAUUCAAGAUAUCGAGAGCCUCGACAGCCUUGCCGAUUCCUUGGAAGACCUUGAUUUAUACGACAACUUGAUCGGACAUAUUCGAGGACUAGACAGCCUGACAAAGCUUACGAGCCUUGACCUCAGCUUCAACAAGAUCAAGCAUAUCAAGCACAUCAAUCAUCUAAAGGACCUAAAGGAGCUGUUCCUAGUCGCCAACAAGAUCAGCAAAAUCGAAGGUCUUGAAGGGCUUGAUAAUCUGAGGUCUCUAGAACUCGGCUCAAACCGUAUUCGAGAAAUCCAGAAUCUCGACAGCCUUAAAAACCUAGAAGAGCUGUGGUUGGCGAAGAACAAGAUUACGGACCUGGCGGGGCUUGGUGGGCUUCCCAAGUUGCGUCUCCUUAGCAUUCAAUCCAACCGCAUCCGAGAUUUGUCUCCCCUAAAGGAAGUGUCCCAGUUGGAGGAACUCUACAUUGCCCACAACGCUCUCGAAUCUCUUGAAGGCAUUGAGAACAAUAUCAAUCUCAAGACACUCGAGAUAUCCAACAACCAAAUUACCAGUCUCAAAGGCUUAGGCCCUCUCAAAGACCUUGAAGAGGUGUGGGCUAGUUACAACCAGAUUGCGGACUUUGCCGACGUCGAGAGAGAGCUGAAAGACAAAGAGGACUUGACAACUGUUUAUUUUGAGGGAAAUCCUCUUCAACUACGUGGCCCCGCUCUAUACAGGAACAAGGUUCGGCUGGCCUUGCCGCAAGUCAAGCAGAUUGAUGCUACAUUUGUGAGAGUUUAG